UCACUAUCUGCGAUUGCGCGUCGGUCCUCAUUGGCUGUCGGUGAUAAUCGGACAACAACAGGGCCGAAGGGAGGCAGGAGGGCUGUGGGCAGCAUGUUUACAGCUACUCACAGUCCCUAAUCAGUUGUUCCAAACGAUUGACUCUCUCCGGUGGUUUUCGUUUUCAGGCACACCGAGCUCGUUUUCAGGACGGAUAAUGUUUUUGAGUCGCACUGUGAGGCUGUCUGCAGCCGCUCUGGAUCAGGCUUUCAAGUCAACGGGCUCGUUUCUAGUGCAAGUUAAAGCCAACGGACUGAGGGACGUCACUUUGACAUUACGCAAGGCGCACAUGUUACAGAGACACCGGUGUUUGUGCGCGUCCGUAGGAGGUGUUGAUUCAACUCGUGUGCACCUGGGGAGACAAGCGCCGGACUCGUCGUCUGGUUUUGUAAUAACGGAGUGGAGACACUUGGACCGUGUGGCUGCUAUAGCUGUGAAUCUCUCCAAAGGCGUGCAAAGUGACGCUGGCGAUAUUAUCAGUCAGCCGCUCGUUCGUGCGAGGCGCCACAGCAGCAGCAGCAGAGCAGAGCCGGUGGGUAAUGUUGUGUUUACAGGUAACUUGGAGGUUUCCAGUCGACGCUGCUCCGCCAGGACCAUGCACACCGCAGCCUCAUCCACGAAGAAGAGCGACGCCGACGACAACAAAGGGGAGGAGCAGAAUUUAAAGGAGGCCUCAACCACUUCCUCAUCUACCACAAAAGCCCCAGGGGAACCAGAGCCAGAGGGAGGAAAACCCAGCAAGACCCAGCAGCUAAAGAAAGUCUUUAAGGAGUAUGGAGCCGUGGGAGUUUCCUUCCACAUCGGCAUCUCCCUCAUGUCGCUGGGAAUGUUCUACGCCCUUAUAUCCAGUGGGAUCGAUAUGGCAGCUCUGCUUUGCAAACUGGGCUUCAGCGAGGCAGUCGUUCAGUCUAAAAUGGCAGCAGGGACGAGCACGUUCGUCUUGGCCUACGCCAUCCACAAGCUCUUCGCUCCGGUUCGCAUCAGCAUCACUCUGGUGUCGGUGCCUCUCAUCGUGCGCUACUUCAGAAAGACUGGCCUCUUUAAACCACCUACACCUGCACCCUGAUGGCUCUUCUUUAUUCCUCCUCUGCCUCAUUAAGCAACAAACAUCCUGACUGUUAGUGGCCAUAAUUAAAGGGCCUGUACAUAUCCUUACUCGUCUGCCUUCAUCUGUCCUCUGUGGUUAAUUCAGGUGAAACGUUUUCCUACAUUAGUUCUUGUUGUUAAAGAAUCAAAGUGUUAAAUUGUGUUUCUGCAGGAUUAAAAAGUCUGAAGUCUAUUUGAAGUCAUGCCUUAAUAUAUGUGCAUUCAAAAAAAAAACAAAACAAAAAAAAACGUAACAAAGUCUGAAUAAGCACAUAUUUAUUUACAAUCAGAAGUACCAUCAGGGAUUUUAACUUUCAGUCCUAAGCUAUUUUAGUAGGCAGAUUUGCCUCGUAAUGCUGUGAAGGUUAGCUGACUCAGCCAUGUUCUGGUGUUGUGUGAAUCAGCAGAAUAAUUUGGGUUGUCUCCGUCUCCUACCUCUCUCUCCUUACGCAGCUCAGACUCUCCCUCUCCCUGUCUUACACUCUGUUUUGUUUCUCUCCUGUUUCCCUCGUCGUCUCUCCUGGCAUACAUUUUACUCCCUUUGCUGUUCUUCCUCUCUUUUUGCCUUUCUUCCCUUCUCAUUCCUUGCAGCUGCCGCAGCCCUAACAUUAAAGUACAGUAAUCUCUGAGUGAAGCUGAUUGUAGUUCUUUGCAAGCUUUGGAUGAAGAAUGUUAGUUUGUUAAGGGUUUUAUCCUGACUGAAUGGACCAUAUUUAACUAUUAAAAAGGGAUGUUCUCUUUUA